CUUUUUCGGACAAAUUAAUAUGUCGAUUAUCGAAAGGGUGAAAUCAACAUUCACAAUGGCAGGGAGAAUAUUGAAUGAAGUCAUUAGCUUCUUUGUGUUCACAGUUCUUGACGUUCUUGAUUUUUUGCUAUGUUAUAUUUACAGAGUAAUUGAUUUCAUAGUUGAAGCAGAGUGGAAGCCCUGUUACUGCUCGUCGGUUAAACAAACCAUAACGAGCAGUGGCACAAUCUUGGUUUCCGAGUCCAAGAUUGUGUGUCUGACAUCUUCUUCUUCUAGCUGCAAUAAAUUGCAGCUAGAAGAGAUAUCAGACACAUUGUACACGCGAUCUUCGCUAGUAUCUGAAGUGUCGAAAUCUACUAUGAAUGAGCUUAAAAGGCUUAAAUUGGAGAAUGCUGCCCCAAUUUUGAAAAGAGGAACUCUGCGCUCAACUUUUACUGUUAACUCAUCUAUUGUCGAAAUGCUGCAAGGCAAAAUUGGUGGCUUAAAAUCAAAUAUUGUUCCAAGAUGGUCGGAUUGUGAUUGUAAAACUUGUAAUUCUUGGACUGCCUCUUCUAAAGAUUCACUUUUUGUCCAUGUUGACGGUGCCAAAGAGAACGUACAAGAAAAUGUGAUUUUCAUACAUGGAUUCAUAUCAUCAUCAGAAUUUUGGACAGAAACUGUGUUUCCAAACUUUACAAAGGCUACAAAAUCGAAGUAUCGAUUAUUCGCGGUGGAUCUACUAGGAUUUGGAAGAAGUCCGAAGCCAAAUGAGUCACUUUACACCUUAAGAGAGCAUCUAGACAUGAUUGAAAAAUCAGUACUAGAACCAUACAAUGUGAAAUCUUUUCACAUUGUGGCACAUUCAUUGGGAUGCAUAUUGGCACUGGCACUUGCUGUAAAGCAUCCUGCCUUAAUUAAAUCCCUCACUUUACUUGCACCGCCAUAUUUUCCAACUCCUAAGGGAGAAGAAGCAACGCAGUAUAUGAUGAGAAGAAUCGCGCCGCGACGAGUAUGGCCUGUGAUUGCGUUUGGGGCAUCGCUAGCUUGUUGGUAUGAGCAUGUUAGCCGAACAAUUUGCUUACUCAUCUGCAAAAACCAUCGCUUGUGGGAGUUUCUUACCAAACUCAUCACCAGAAACAGGAUAAAAACAUACUUAGUAGACGGAUUUUGCUGCCACACACACAAUGCAGCAUGGCAUACACUACACAACAUCAUUUGUGGUACUGCUGGAAAAAUAGAAGGAUACUUAGACAUGGUGAAAAAUCGUCUAAAAGGCAAAGUCACGGUGAUUCAUGGUGAAGACGAUGAACUUAUCCCUGUCGAAUGCAGCUACAAUGUACAGUCCAGAGUCCCUCAUGCUCGCGUUAACGUUGUCAAGAACAAAGAUCAUAUCACUAUUGUUGUAGGAAGACAACAAGCUUUUGCUAGAGAACUUGAAGAAAUUUGGAAUAAUAAUUCCACAAGUAAUUGAAAUAUUUUUACUAGUGUUUGAUUAUUUUCAACAUCCUAAAGAAAUGUUAUUACUCGUUACGU